AUGCGAGUAUUCGGCUGUCAGACAUACAUACUGACGCCUAAAGAGAAUCGACUCAAGUGGGAUCCAAGGGCUCGCGCUGGCAUAUUCGUGGGCUACGAAGAAGUUUCGAAGGUAUAUCGUGUUUAUGACAUCGAGGCGGGGCAAGUGGUUAUCAGCCGCGAUGUCAACUUCGACGAGUCCACCUUUGGACUUCAACUGCCGAUCACUGAUGAAGAUGUCGAUGACCUGGACUUCGAAUUGCUGGAUCUUGAUGACGAAGAGCUGCGUCAAAUGGAGUAUCAGCAAACUGGCAAGCGCAAGAACCGACUCAAUGAUGAAGAUACAGCAGCUCCACGACCGCGUGCAGUGCGUCAACGACCAGGACUAGAAGAGUCAAGCGCGCCGGAAAACAACUCGUCACGCCAAGAAGAAGACGAAGAAACGAAGGAUUCUGGUGAUUCAACACCGCCUGUGUUUUGGCGUGCGAGUGCAAAUGCCGUUGAAGCAGCAGUGGACUUAUCAGAGCCCUCAACAUUUGAAGCAGCAGUAAGCGGCCCUGACCAAGUGCACUGGAGAAAAGCAAUUCAUGCAGAGCUCGAGUCAAUGCGACUUCGCGGUGUGUUUCGUGCAGCCAAGCUGCCCAACGGACAACGCGCCAUUGGCACAAAAUGGGUGUUCAAGAUCAAGCGCAAGGCGGAUGGGUCGAUCGAGAAGUACAAGGCACGACUUGUGGCCAAGGGUUUCCGCCAAAAGUAUGGCAUCGACUACACGGAGACGUUUUCGCCUGUGGUCAAGUAUGUGACGCUGCGAAUGGUGAUCGCAAUUUCCAAGCAUUUUGGAUGGCCCAUCGACCAGCUUGAUGUGGUGACAGCUUUCCUGUAUGGCGUCAUGAAGGAACAAGUGAAGUCAAUUUACGGCCUCAAGCAAGCGUCGCGAGUGUGGAACGAGACGUUCGACGAGUAUUUGUGCUCCAUCGGAUUUCAAGUAUCGGACUUCGACCCAUGUCUCUACAUCAAGACUUCGGACGGCCAUUGCGUGUUUAUACUGGUCUACGUGGACGACAUCUUGGUUACUGGAAGCUCGCUCGAGCUGAUUGCACAAACCAAGAACGACCUGAAGACGCGGUUCGAAAUGACGGACAGCGGCAAGUGUGCGUUUGUUCGUGGGAUCGAGCUUUUGGACGAUGAAGAUGGCAGUGUAACACUAUGA